CAUUUGUCAAUUCGGUGUUCAGUCCUUCUCAUUCCACAGCUCAUAAGCUUGUAAUAUUAUCAAAUUAAAGUUUCAAGAUUUCUUCUACUCAUAUCUUUAUUUCAAUAAAUCUGAGUUUUCCAGGACGUCGAAUACAAAUACUAUACAUAUUUGGAUAGUAUAUUACCCCGUAUUAUAUUGGCACUAACGCUUGUUGCUUGCUGAAAUAUUUUGAUCUAAGUAGGUAACAUAUCAAUUUAUUAAUUAAACGGCAAUUUUCCGAUUCCACAAGCAUCACAUAAAUAGGCAUAAAGUUCUGUCUAUCGAAAAAGAGAAAAUGGCAGAUAAUUAUGAAGAUAUGAGUCUAAAUGAAAUAAAUGAUCUACUUCGUAAGUGGAGGGAUAACAAUGAAAGAAAGAGUACUGAAAUAAUGUUACUGUGGGAAAAAGCUAAUAAAGGCUUAGACACCAAAUCUAAUGAAAAGUAUUUGAUCAUGGAGCAGCUAAUAAUAGCUGCACUAGACUGUAAUUGUUCGGCCAUAGCACUUAUUUGGAUUGAAGCGCUGGAUGCUGCAUUUCCUGGUAGCUUAAGGGUGUUGAGAUACAAGGCAAUGUGGUUGGAGGCUCAAGAACAAUAUGACAAGGCUUUACAAGUUCUGGAUCAAAUUAUAAAAACAGAUGAAACGAAUGCCCCAGCACGGAAACGUCGUGUAGCUAUUAUGAAAGCACAAGGCCAAAUGACAGAGGCUAUUAAGGAAUUGGUGGACUAUUUGAAGAAGUUUAUGUCAGACAUGGAGGCAUGGCAGGAAUUAAGCGAGCUAUAUCUUCAAAUGGGCGAAUACUCCCGCGCCGCGUUCUGCGUAGAGGAGCUAAUCCUGCAUCAGCCCCAUAACCAUUUGUUCCACCAGCGUCUAGCUGAUAUACGAUACACUAUGGGUGGUGUAGAAAACAUGGAAUUGGCAAAAUCAUACUACUGCCAAGCUAUAAAGUUGAACCCUAACAAUGUGAGAGCACUGUUGGGUUUGGUUCUGGUGACAAAUAACCUACUAGGUCACUAUAAGUCUUCAGGCAGCGCAAAACGCAAGGAAGUAUGGAAACUUUGCCAAUGGGCACAAUCUGAAGUUUCAAAGAAGCAGAAAGAGGCCCAAGGAGCUAAUGCCAAUGCUUUGACUAACAUGAUGUUAGCUAUUUCCAUAAGUGAUUAGUGAUAAAAAAAUAAUAAGUGCAAACAAAUAGUUUUUACCAACAGUUUCAUUGAAGUUGUUGGCAACAUUGUGUUAAUCUAGUAUAUUUAAUUUUAUGGCGGUAAUAUUUCAAAUGUGGAAUGUUUUGAAGCGGUGCCACAAAUGAAAAAGUAUAUAACAUACAGAUUUUAUUUAUACACUAUAUUAUACUAAUUAUUAUGAAUUUAUAUUGUGUUCAUAUGGGUGAAUGUGUGGUAUGUAUAUAUUUAAUAGGAUUUAGUAUAAUUUAUAUAAAGGCAAUGUAGGUAGCAAAUUAAGGAAUGUCUGUGUUUUAAGUUCGAUUUAUAAUUUAAAUGUAUGUUAUAGAAUUAUUAUCGCUAGCAUUUCCUAAAUAAAUUAUGUUACCAA